CUGAUUCUUCGCUUCAUUCACUAGUCACAGUCAUUAUCCCUCCCCAAAACCCUGAAACCCUAAUCACAUCCCAAAUUCUCGAUGGCGCCAAAGCCAAAGAAACGCCUCGCUCUUGUCGACGACCCACCUACCGCCUCUUCCUCCGACGAGGAACAACCACCUUCAACCCAAAAACCAGCUGACAAAGUAGUCAACGAACAAGAUGAAGAUUCAUCCUCAGAAGAAGAAGAAGGCGAUGAAGAAGAUGGUUCUUCAUCUGAAGAUGAAGAAGAAGAAGAUAAUCAAACUCAACAAACUCCUUCAAAAGAUUCAAAACCCGCUUCCAAAAACCCUCCUCCUUCUACUCCUAUCUCUAACCCUAAACCCGCUGAAUCUGAAUCCGGCUCAGAAUCCGGUUCUGAAUCUGGAACCGAAUCUGAUUCUGAACCGGAGCAUAAAUCGGAACCCACUCCACCUCCUAACCCUAAAGUUAAACCACUUGCUUCAAAGCCCAUGAAAACCCAAACCCAAGCCCAAGCCCAAUCAACUCCGGUGCCGAUCAAGUCUGGUACUAAGCGUGUAGCCGAAAGUAGCACCGGAAACGAUUCAAAACGUUCCAAGAAGAAAACCACCACCGCCGGCGGUGGUUCUGAUGAUGAGAAUGAGGUAGAGGAGGAUGCGAAAUUGACUGGUGAAGACUCGAAGAAGAACUUUCAGAGAGUGUUUAGCGAAGAAGACGAACUUGUGAUUCUCAAAGGACUUGGGGAUUUUGUGGCGAAGACAGGAAAAGAUCCGAUGAAGGAAACAGCUGCAUUUCACAGUUUUGUGAAGAAAUUGUUGAAAGCCGAUGCCAACGCUGAGCAAUUGAAGCGAAAGGUUCGCGGUUUGAAGAAGAAGUUUGAAAGCAGUGACAAUUUUACUAAACCUCAUGAUAAGAGAGCUUUUGAUCUUUUCAAGGUUUGGAGCAAAAAUGCUUCUAAGGAAGCUGAAGAAAACGGAAAAUCUAAUGAGAAAAUCGCAAAGAGUGCUAAGAAGGAAGCUCCUGUCAAGAAUGGUGGUUCUGCUAAGAAGGAAUUAGCUAUAGUUACUAAGAAUGUAAGUGGAAAAGUGGAAAGUGGUGUUGGUAAGAGUUUCAUUUUGAGCGAACUGGUUAAAUUUGAUGAGGCUGCGGGUAUAGCUGUGCUCGAUAAGGAUGCUGCAGAAAGCGGUUUGGAAUUGAUGAGGGAGUCAGAUAGGGUUGAGUUGGAGGAGAGGUGGAAGAAGUUGCAGGCUGCCGAGAUGGAUGUGUUUUUGAAUCGCGCUGAGGUGGUUAGGGAGCAGACUAGAUUGGCAAUGCAGGAACUCAAGAAGAAAUCAAGCACAUAGGGUUCUCUUUCUUAGGUAUAGUUUUGUGGCUAAUGUGAUAAAUGUUUUGGAUAUGUUAUCUGUUUAUUUUUGUAGUGAUUGAGGCUGUCUUAUGAUUGUUGGAUUUAUAACAUUGUGUUGUUUGAUUGCUGAUGACUAUGAAAUUAUCGUGGUUUAGAAAUUCCAUAUAUUCUCUUGCUGAACAUA